AACGUCUGGUGAGCCUCACAGGAAGCAGAGGGUCUUAUAUUUCAUAAUUUGUGAGGAUAAAGACGGGGGUCAAACGUGCGGUUUAAGGAAGGGGGUCCCAGAUGAAGACAGGUGGAUAUUUACCUGAUUUUUUACGGAUACGUUUUUGCUAAGGACGGGGCAUUUUUGUUAUGAUUUGGCGCUGAUAUUGAGGAUGUUUACCGUUCAGCCUCAGCGGUUUCUCUGACGGGCAGUCAGAAUUUAAAGUGGAGCUCCUCCAACCUUCAACGUGAAAAAACAAACAAACAAACAAAUUUUAUUUAAUCUUUUUCUACUGGUCUGGGUGCUGGCGGUACGCCAAUAAUUUACUCUGGAGCAGGACACGGAGGAUAGUAUGGCCAUGACGGGAGGGACGGCAGCUGCCCUUCCCAUGAGCAACCACACCCGGGAGAGGGUGACCGUGGCCAAGCUGACGCUGGAGAACUUCUACAGCACGUUGCUCACGCAGCACGAGGAGCGCGAGAUGAGGCAGAAGAAGCUUGAGAAAGCCAUGGAUGACGAAGGCUUACCAGACGAAGAGAAGGUGAUGCGGCGCUCGCAGCACGCUCGUAAGGAGACGGAGUUCCUGCGAUUGAAGAGGACGCGGCUUGGCUUGGAUGACUUUGAGUCUCUUAAAGUUAUUGGCCGAGGAGCUUUCGGAGAGGUUCGUUUGGUUCAGAAAAAAGACACUGGCCACAUUUACGCCAUGAAGAUUUUGAGGAAAGCCGACAUGYUGGAGAAGGAACAGGUUGCUCACAUUCGAGCAGAGAGGGACAUCCUAGUGGAGGCGGACAGCGCCUGGGUGGUGAAGAUGUUCUACAGCUUCCAGGACAAGAGGAACCUCUACCUCAUUAUGGAGUUCCUGCCUGGAGGUGACAUGAUGACGCUACUGAUGAAGAAGGACACUCUGUCCGAAGAGGCCACGCAGUUCUACAUCGCAGAGACUGUCCUGGCCAUCGACUCCAUCCACCAGCUGGGCUUCAUCCACAGAGACAUUAAACCAGACAACCUGCUGCUGGACUCCAAGGGUCAUGUGAAACUGUCAGAUUUCGGCUUGUGUACGGGACUAAAAAAGGCUCAUCGGACUGAGUUUUAUAGGAAUCUGACCCACAACCCACCCAGCGACUUCUCAUUUCAAAACAUGAAUUCUAAAAGGAAAGCAGAAACCUGGAAGAAGAACAGGAGACAGCUGGCGUACUCCACGGUGGGAACACCGGACUACAUCGCUCCUGAGGUUUUCAUGCAGACGGGCUACAACAAGCUGUGUGACUGGUGGUCUCUGGGUGUCAUCAUGUAUGAAAUGCUUAUAGGUUACCCACCUUUCUGUUCGGAGACGCCACAGGAGACGUACAGAAAGGUCAUGAACUGGAAGGAAACUCUUGUCUUCCCACCUGAAGUUCCCAUCUCAGAGAAGGCSAAAGAUUUGAUUUUAAGGUACUGCACYGAUGCCGAGAACAGGAUUGGAGCAGUGAGUGUGGAUGAGAUCAAGAGUCAUCAGUUCUUUGAGUCCGUGGACUGGGAGCACAUCAGGGAGCGACCGGCAGCCAUUUCUAUUGAGAUCAAAAGUAUCGAUGACACGUCAAACUUUGAUGACUUCCCUGAAUCAGACAUCCUUCAACCAGCAGCCAACUCGACGGAGCCAGACUUCAAAUCAAAGGACUGGGUCUUCCUGAACUACACCUACAAACGCUUCGAGGGUCUGACUCAGCGAGGCACCAUCCCCACGUACAUGAAGGCAGGGAAGGCCUGACGCCCUCAGAGUGCAGUGGAGAAAAGACACAGACGUUUCCGGACACAGGGUCGGGCAGUGGAGCCCCCGCUGGUGCUGAAGGCUGAGCCGUCGGCCUCUCAGUCUAACCCUCAUCACCGAGUUAUUUAGGUCUGCUCAGCCACCGCAGGAAUGCCACGAGCUUGGAAAUUAAGGAGCAUUACCACAUUACCUCGGUUGUUUGCAUCAUUUGUGCCGUCUCUUAGCCAUAGCUCUCAGGCCAGCACUCUAAUUAGGACACUAAAUCAACAUAUCUGCAUGUUCAGCAGCUUUAUUGCUUCUGGAUAUUUUUUAUUUUCUUAAACAGCUGGAUAAAGGCUUGAAUCACCGCUUUGACAACCUCGCGUUGCUAGUUGUCUGACUGGUGUCUAAAUUAGCUCUAACGCUGACUGAGUUCUGUUUAGUGUUUGUUGCUGUGAGGAAAGUUCCAGCAUGAUUUCAACAUUUCUUAGACAAGAGUUUUAUUUAUGUAUAUUUGAGUUUGUUUAAAUUAACCCAGCAGUUCAUUUGAAGAUCRUUUUAUAAAUCUUUACACAACUGUCACGUUUAUUUUAUGUGGAUAUUUAUGUAAAAUGCUGUGGCUAUUUGCAAGUGCAGAUAGCAUCAGCAGCUUGGGGCACUUCCUGUAGGAAUUUCAGAACCUUACUUCUGGAAUAACAGUGUCAUGCAAAACUGAUAGCGAUGUAGAGAUCUAGGAAUCAAAGAAAUUAGCCAUUAGCUCACAAAUAUUGGCUGAAUUCAACUCUAUAAGUUUUAAGGUGAUUCCUUAACGUGUCGUUUAUCACUAAUGGUGAAAACUGUUUUAAAGAAUCAACAACCAAAGCUACAUUACCGCUUUGGUUUGUUUUGUGGGCAAAAUGUUAGCAAAGGCUAAUAACUUAGCUUAAAUUAAAUUUAUAGCUAACACCAUAAAAUUACAAACCAUAUUUGACACAUUUCUAUUGUUGUCGUUAUUACUCAAUUUUUAAAAAUCAGUUCCAUAUUUGUUUUUGCAUCAUCAGGUCAAAGUUUGUAGCUCUUAGGGUUAGCAUGCCAACAUGUUAAACUUAGCCCUUGUACACUAAAAAAGGGAAACUAUUUAAGACCUGUAAAAAAAAGUACUUAAAUCAUGCUGGAAACCUUCUUCCUGGUGGUAAAGUGUGUUUGUUAAACUAAAGUGGGGUAACUUCCUUUCUCACAGUUGCCAAGAAUCAAAACAGUUUAGCCUGUGCUUCACACCCGUUAGCAUUGCCAAACACAUAUUUUUUUGAGUGUCUUUUUUUAAAAGCAGUUUGUUUGCUGUGAUUYACAAUUUUAAUUCAGAUUAGCCCAAUUCUCCCUUUUUAAGUGAACAAAAAAAAGCAAAAGUGCCUUUUUUAAGCAGCUCAUAAACUUUGAGGCAGAUGUAUAGCUUAGCAAAGAUUAAAUAGGAAGCUUUCAGUAGGUAGAUUAGUAUUAAACUGAUUGAAAGAAGAGAAACAAAAGACCCAUUUAUCAGAUAGAUUUAGUGUGGAGUUAUAAAGCUUGUGCGAAGUGAUAAAAGUUGUGAAACUGUAGAAAGGUUUUUAAUAGAUUAGAUAAUAAAACAGGAAGCUUUUAACAACAAACGGUUCACAAACGUCUGUGGCCAUAAAGAUAAGUUAGACGAGAAGAAGCCUGAUAAGAAUAAGAUGUUGGAUCUACAUAUUUUUAAUUUAAUGUCCAGCAUGGACGUGUUCAUUCUUGGUUUCUUUCUGACCAACGCAAAAAGAAGAGUUAGUCCAUAAACCCAACCUGUAAAAGCCUUUUUUUCUCCAUGUCUGCUCAGUUGGCUGUAAAGACUUACCAAAGACCCGAAACCGAACACUAACUCAGAUGUAGCUGCCGCUUCCUGCACUUAACGUGAAACUACCUGUUGAAAAUAGCAAACUUUUAAUGAGAACUAAUGCGAUUAUUUACAGUUUCUGUUUGUUAUGCUUGUGAGAACAUGAGCGUGGAUGUUUUUUAAUUGGGUUGUACAUUAGGGGUGUGGCAGGAUUUAUGCCAAACCAUCACUGUUACCAACGUUUGGCCCGGUACGCUGAGAGGCUCGCGCUACAUUUACUAGCAUGUUGCUAACGGCUACGAUGCAGAAGCAGAAGGAAGAUAUGAUUUAAAAUUUUACAUUAAACAAAGCAUGUGUGAUUCUGAAAAACUCACAGAGGCUUAAAUAAUUCUUUAACAUGUGUAUGGUUAGUUUUUUUGAGUUUUACAUUUCAAAAUUUAAAAAUAAAAUAAUUAUACAUGGGGUGUUUUUUUAAAGAAAAAUUAGAAAAACAACUGCAGAUAAAAAAGGCUAUGCAUUUUAAAGCAAAGACAACCUUUAUAUUAUGGUAGUGCAACAUUUGGGAACUUUUGGCAGAACCGGAACGUAUGACCUGARCUCCUGGUGCAUUACGUUUUCACUUAGUGCUUUAGAAGCGGCUGAUUUCAGAUUGUUUUUCCUUUUUCACAACGUUCUAUWAUCAGUGCAGAAUAGUUUUUGAGCGCAGCCACUGUCAGUAUCUUUAGGAAUAGUUUGGUUUAUUUAAGCAGUUUUAGCCACUAUAGACUCUUCUUCUUUGUCGACGUUCAUUUCCAGUAUCGCUACAAAAUAAAACUACAACCGUACAUUUUAUUAUAAAAAUUGAUUAUAAAAAUCAAGCACUGGAUUUUUAUU